AAAAAGGGAUAAAGCGUGUUUUCAGUUUAACCACGUUUUUAAUUUUUAAAAUAAGCGAAGCACGCUUUUAGUUUUAUAAGGCAACGCCAACAGGAGACUGGACGGGGAUAAGUGAUAACCGUCCGCCGUUGUAAUGGGAAGUCCGCCACCGCCGGCGCCGCCACGUGGAAGCUCCGACGACUACUCGGCUGAGGCAACGUUGAUUCACUUCCAGCGUCCACUUCCUCUUUUACGCGGUUCGAUCGAAGCCAGUCCGUCGGACGAUCCUUCUGCUGGACCGUAUCUUCUCGCUUUCAGAAGCCCGCGCGCCUGGGCUGCAGCGUACGAGAACAGCAAGUCGAAUAUCAUCUCACAGUGCGAAUCCGGGGCACGAAUCGGGUGCUCGAUUUCGGCUUCCAGCAAAUGCAAACCUCCUUGGUGGAAGACUCUGUUGGGAAUAUCUUCAGAACAGGAUUUUAAGGAGAGAGCGAGGUGCGAAGAAAUUGAAAUGGAAGCUUGCUUCGCCGCGGCGAAGGAAAAGUGCGUCGUCUUCGCGGAGGAGAAGUGCUUGCCGGCGUUUAAGCAUGCGAGGGUUAAAGUGAGCAGUGGUUUGAGAUUGAAAGCAUUGGAUUCGAGAGAAGGUAUUGAAUUGAUUUCUAGGGUUUGUUUUCCCCAUUGGAAGGUCUAUGAGAUUGGGAUUUUGGGAAAUGAUAAAUUUAGGAGUGGCUAUGUUAGGGGAAGCGAUCUUUUGGAUUCUGGUAAUAUGAACAUCAAGGAUUAUUUGAAGUAGAGCAGUUGAAAUUCGAAUAUCUGAUUGAAUUUGAAGCAGAUCAAUCUUGUUUGAGAAUUGUGGAGUUUUGGAGCAGUUCUUGAGCAUUGGGCAGCAAUUCAAGAUGACAUGUUGAUAAGAUCGAUUUGCUCGUUAUGUUGGUUGAACUUUACAGAUAUUGGGGCCAAAGUGAUUCCACACCAGUCGAUGAGAUAAUUGGUGUUUUUACUGAUCAGAAGGAAACGUCUGGAGGUAAACUCGGCGGUAGACCAUUUCAAAAUAUUGCAAAUGAUUUUCCUUUAGAGGAUGAAGCAAUUGGAUUCGAUUCAUUCAUUCUUCGGAAAAGACAAGCCCGGUAUUGUUUUUCCUAUUCCUGUGCUAUCAUUAUAUAUUUACUUAUGUGUGUUUGGAUAAAGUGCUUUAGAAUUUUGAGGUAGUUUAGUGAUAAUAAAAACUUGAAUAGAAAUAGGUGUAUAAUAUGUUUCGAAUAAAGAAUAGAUUUUUGAUGUAAUAGUUUAACUUACACGUAGGUUUCUGGAUGUAAUGAUUUUUAGAGAGAAAUUUUAAUGAAUAGUCCGAAAACUUUGAAACUUGCACAAGCAUGUCUAGACUAUGCCUUUUACAUUCCUCCAAUCUUCAUUCGCACACACACACGACUAUGAGUUGAGUUGAGUUGAGUAGAGUAGAAUCGAUGUUCGAACACCCUACCCUACCCUACCCUACCAUAUCCUAUCCGGGUGGGGUUGGUAUUAUAGAGAAAAAGAAAGCAUUGAAAGCUUAGCAAUUGAAUGCUAUGUAAAUAAGUGUGACUGAGUGUUGGACUUGCUGCAUUUUUGUCAAAUGAAAACGAGAAAGCAACCGCAGCAGCAGCAUUGUUUGAAACUUGAAUGUUGGGCUCACUUAUAGUAUAUGAUAAAUGAUGUAUAUGCUUAUAUUAUAUGUUGAUACCAACCACCCACCCAACCAACCAACCAACCAAAAUAGAUACAAUGGAACAUGUAAUACUGUAAAAGAUGACCUGAUGGUGGUGUGUGAAUUUUAUGACCGUAAAAUCAUGGGUUGAAACUCUCGACCCUCUAGGGUGGGGAGUUUCUAAAACAAAUUCUCAUGUUAUAUUAAAGAAAGUAUUAUACUCUCAAUCCCUUAAUUAACUAUCCAUUUUUCUAUUUUGCUAUGUAAGUAUCUAUUUAUACUCGAGCAUGACAGGGAGAGUGAUCACACGAGGUGGCCGCGCUGCGCAACUCAUUCUUGCUGUCAGGAUCGAAAGUGGUCGACGGGUACUCGACAAUGAUCGUCACCUCCGUCAGGAUGAACAAGGAGCGGGGCGAGAUGAUGAGCUCGAUCACACGGGAUUCGAACGAGCAGACACCGCUGCAGGAGCGUCUUGACAAGUUGACGUCGUCGAUCGGGAAAGUAGGCCUCGCCGUGGCUUCGUUCGUGCUCGUCGUAAUGCUGUUUCGAUACUUCACAGGGAACACCGAAGACGGGCGUGGGAAUCGAGAGACUUGAAUGACAUUUUUAACUCGGUGUUGAGGAUUGUCGCCGCUGCUGUAACGAUCGUUGUCGUCGCCAUCCCCGAAGGCCUCCCGUUGGCUGUAACGCUCACGCUCGCCUACUUGAUGAAACAGAUGAUGGCCGAUCAGGCGAUGGUGAGGAAGCUUUCGGCCUGCGAAACUAUGGGGUCGGCGACGGUAAUCUUCUCCAGCAAAACCGGCACUCUGAUGGAGAAUCGGAUGAAGGUGACGAGGUUUUGCAUCGGCAACAAUGAGAUCAAUCGAGAUACUCGCCGGGUCAUCGAUAAAUAUCUCGAAGAAUAGUUUCACCAAGGAGUUGCUUUCAACACUUCCGGAAGCAUCUACCAGCCGAAAUCCGGUGGUCUAGUCGAGUACUCGGGGAGUCCGACCGAGAAGGCGAUCCUCUCGUGGGCUUUCGACGAUUUGGCAAUCGACAUCGAUAAGUCGAAGCAAGAUUACACCGUCGUUCGCGUCGAAACUUUCAGUUCGGAGAAGAAACGAUGUGGAGUUCUGAUUCGACACAAUAUCGAAAAUGCUAUUUACACUCACUGAAAAGGCAACGCCGAGAUGGUGCUAAAGCGCAUGAGCCCCAAAAACGGUCGCGAUUUGACCGGAUCAUCAAAGGAAUGGCGGCAAGCAGUCUCCGGUGCAUUGCGUUCGCUUGCGCGAGAACGAAUCCUCAGAUCGUUCCCGAGCAAGACUUGACGUUGCUCGGGAUCGUCGGGAUGAAUCUUGCAGAGUCGCCGGCUUAGACAUUAAAAUGAUCACCGGCAACAACAUAUUCAUGGCGAAGGCCAUGGCGACAGAGUGCGGGAUUCUCGAUAACGAUCGAUGAUCCCAGGAAGUGAUCGACGGCGCAAGUUUCGAAACUACACGCACAAGCAACGGCUACGCUGCGUCGAUGCGAUCCGCAUCGUGGCGCCGAGUUUCGGAUAAGCUUCUAUUGGUCCAAUGCCUGAAGGAAAAAGGGCAUGUCGUUGCCAUCACCGGAGAUGGGACGAACGAUAUGGUGGCAUUGAGAGAAGCCGACGUCGGACUGUCGAUGGGAACGAACAGCAACGACGUCGCGAAGGAGAGCUCUGACUUCUCAAUACUUGAUGAUUUUACGUCGGCCGCCACCAUUCUCCGGUGGGGGCGAUGCGUGUACAACAACAUCCAGAAGUUCAUCCAAUUCCAGCUGACGGUGAACGCGGCGGCACUUGCAGGCGACGUCCCGCUGACAGCGGUGCAGCUGCUAUGGGUGAAUCCGAUAAUGGACACACUGGCGACGGAGCGACGAGCUGAUGAAGGAACCUCCGGUGAGGCGGAUGGCGAUUUUUGGCGUCGGCGAAUCGAGGAAGAAGACGAUUGUAUUUAACACGUUUGUUUUGUGUCAGGUGUUCAAUGAGUUAAAUUCGAGGAGUUUGGAGAAGAAGAAUGUAUUGGAAGGGAUUGGGAAGAACAGAUUGUUUAUGGCGAUAAUCAUCGGAAUCACGGUGGCGCUGCAGGUGGUGAUGGUGGAAUAUUAAUAUUUGGGUAAGUUUGCGGACAUGGUGCGUGGGGCUUACGGUGACGUGGCCGAUUAGGUUUGUAGUUAACCUUGUGCAGGUUUGGAAGACGCCGUUCGUCAAUUGCUUGAUAAUAAAUAAUAGGUCGAGAGCUGGUUAGCAGUUUUGUUUUUUUAAUUGGAGAACAAUAUUAAUAUUAAUAAACUAUUUAAAUUUUAAA